CAAAUAUGGCAAUCAUACUGAGGUUGCCUCCAGCGGGCAAGCUUCUCCACUCUCAGAUUGCGGCCUUUCAUCGCGGAUUUGCAACAGCUGUGGAACAGAGGAAUCCAGGUCUGUCUAUCUGGCGCAGCAUUCCAGAAAAUAGAGAAAGUGAAUCUGCUAAUUUCGAUAUUCCAAUCCCGAAAGAUAUGGCUGCCGAAUCAUCAAGCAACAAUCACCUCAGAUUCAUCCAAGAUAGGACUCGGCACAUCCUUACAUCACCAGGAGACGACAACGGUGUUUGUCGGCGUAUGGAGAUCGACCAAACAACGAUGGCCAAUAGCAGUUUUAGAAGUAAAUACACUCGUUUUAGCGUACGAAUACUGCCACAAAAGUCAAGGUAUCGGCGUCAUACCACUACUAUGUUUGACAGAUUCCAGCACCGCCCUACACGCACUCAGAAAGCGGUGCAAUCAAUCAAAGCUAAUGAAUGCACAGCUACGGAGGUAAGUAUGGUUCUGUCAUCUGCAGUCAGUGAUGUGGCCGGUAUCGUUGGGGUAUAUGCUGGGCAAGCUGAGCCUGGCGACCGACGAUCUCUCCCGGAUGGGGAAGCUCCUAGAGUACCGCUGGACCGUGCGUUCGUCCGAUAUACUCCAUAUUUGUCAUCUGCAGUCAGUGAUGUGGCCGGUAUCGUUGGGGUAUAUGCUGGGCAAGCUGAGCCUGGCGACCGACGAUCUCUCCCGGAUGGGGAAGAUCCUAGAGUACCGCUGGACCGUGCGUUCGUCCGAUAUACUCCAUAUAUUCAACAGCUGGCAGAUUCGGCCAGAUCCGUCGAGGAGAGAAUACCCAGCCAGCUAUUACUUCAGCAAAGCACACCAGGGACACGAUACUUUUACCACGCCGUACCACAACAAAUGGGAACAAUCUCUCGAACUUCUGGCUACACCGGAAACAAUGUUGGGCAAAAUCUUCUCUCAACUAGACAAACAACUCCAGAAGGCGGAAAUAAUAGUCCCAGUAUGGAAACGGGCAAUUUGGUGGCCACACAUUCGUCGCAAUACAUCCGACCGAAUUACUUUGGAGCAAGGUGCCGUACACUAUCCCAAUCACAUCGCCAACGAGCUGGGUAUAGAUUAUCCUCCCACACGCCUAUACGCCGUAGUUCUAUACGAACCACCGGGCAGCAAACCAACUCCACUGUUGCACUAGACUUCCUGUGUCAACAGAUAGCAAGUGGUGGCCUGACCGAAGGCACACGCAACAUUUAUACACAUGCGAUGAGGAUCUGGCAUGAGUACCACACAGCUAACCGAAUUCUUGCCCAACUACCGUCCUAUGAAUAUUUACACAGUUUCCUGCAAUACUGCUUCUAUAAGGGACACCACCCAGACCAAGUACGCCAGAACGAGCAGCGAUCAACAGCACCGCACACGCACAGGGACAACCAGUUCUCCUCGACAGACAAAGGACACAGGCCAUCCAAGAUUACGUAUCUAUGUGGAAUUCGCAUCACUCGAAGUCAACGGUCGAUCAACCGAAGAUUCCAGCCGAUUGGAUCGAUCCGGAAUUUCGUGCGCUGA